GAUGGUCUUCAGGUCUUGGUCUUAUGGUUGGCUUGGAAUUCAUCUAGGUGUUUUCUGUCUAAGUCGUGAUCUAGGUUUUAGGCAGUCGGCAUCGGUAUUAUUUAGGAUAUUGUAUAUUUUAUUUCUGAGAGGUGCUGAUAAUAAAGGCUAUUCUAUUUAUAAUAAAGGUUAAUAUAAUUUAUUCUGCAUUAUAUUUAAAUUUAUAAUUUGCUGUCCAAAUGAUGGCAGACACAGGAAGUGCAAGUGAGAGUGAUUCUAGUUCUAUAGAUGGGGGUCCUAUAAUGAUGCCACCUUCACCCAUCACAAGGGAACAAUUGCAAAAGAGAAUAGAAUCACUUCAGCAGCAGAAUAGAGUUUUGAAAGUAGAAGUUGAAACUUAUAAACUUAAAGUUAAAGGACUCGAGGAACAAAAUCGUAAUCUGAGGCAGGCUUCAGUUAUAAUACAAGCAAAAGCUGAACAAGAAGAGGAGUUUAUCAGUAACACAUUGUUGAAAAAGAUACAAGCAUUAAAAAAGGAAAAAGAAACAUUAGCUCACCAUUAUGAACAAGAAGAAGAAUGUCUUACAAAUGAUUUAUCCCGAAAGUUAACCCAGCUGAGACAAGAAAAAUGUAGACUGGAACAAACAUUGGAGCAAGAGCAAGAGUGUCUUGUAAACAAACUAAUGCGAAAAAUAGAGAAACUUGAAGCAGAAACUUCAGCAAAACAGACUAACUUGGAACAGUUGCGGAGAGAAAAGGUGGAGUUGGAAAAUACCUUGGAACAAGAGCAAGAAGCUUUGGUCAACAAACUUUGGAAACGUAUGGACAAAUUAGAGACAGAAAAGAGACUUCUUCAGAUAAAACUUGAUCAGCCAGUUUCUGAUCCUGCCUCUCCAAGAGACAUUAGCAAUGGAGACACAGCCAGCAAUCUAAGUGCUCAUAUACAGAACCUACGUGGAGAAGUCAACCGUUUGCGCAACCAACUUGCAAACGCUCAACAAGAACAUACUGAGAAAAUGGAAAGAUAUGCUAAAGAAGAGAGGAAUAUUCGGGAGGAAAAUCUCCGUCUGCAGAGAAAGCUGCAGCUGGAAGUGGAGAGGCGUGAAGCUUUGUGUAGGCAUCUUUCUGAAUCAGAGAGCAGCUUAGAAAUGGAAGAAGAGCGUCACUACAAUGAGAUAGCUUCUGUACGUUCUCGCACAGUGUCCAGUCCCAUUCCCUACAAUCCGUCACCCAGCUCCUCUCGGCCUCUUAGCCCUGGAGGUGGAUUGGCAGCACUGGGUGCUCCGGUGGUUCCUGUCGUGCCGAGGUGCUAUGCUUGUGGUCUUGGUACCACUCACCCUGUGCCACCACCAAUAGGUCCAGCCUUCCAGGGACUCCAGGGCAACUCAUCCCCUCCAGCUCCUCCUCACGCAGUUCACCACUUAAGGCCGGGCCAACGACCAUCCGACAGGUUCAUCAAGCCAGCUAUUCCCCCAUACUCUAUACCCUCUCCUCAAGCUCCCACCUCUCCAUCCCCUGCCUCCCCCUCUCCUGCUUCUCCCAUGGACACUUCAAAGUCUUAGUUUAGCAAUAUGGCCUGCCAAUUGUACCACUUAUUCCUCGAUAUAUAAGCUAAUUUUGUCAAGAUAUUUGAAUGUGAUAAAGAUUUUAUGUGCAAAGUCAUUUACUAGAUUGAAGUGAUAUUGGCUUUUAAGAUUUUUAAUGAAAAUGUGUAACUCUAUUAUUGAUUGCAGUGUGGAAAUAUUCCUGACCAGUUGCUAUCUGAAAAUGUUAUUCUUUUGAUGUUAUGGAUCAAAUUAGGCUCCAUUUGUUAGCACUGUAUGUUUGAGCCCGUUUGUUACAUUUAAAUCAUACCAGUUAUUUAUAUUUAAACAGUAGUUGAAGAAUGCUUUAAUGUACCUAAUUACAGUUUUGUGAGGAAUAUUUGUUUUUGUUUUAACAAUUUAAUGCUGACAUCAAAAGGUUGAAAAAUCUUAGUUUUGUGUGGUGUUUUUCCAUUAUGAGGACCUUUGCGGUUUUCCAACUAUACAUUAUUGAAUGUCAUAUUUUAACACUAUACAGCUUAAAAGGCUUCAGGAUUUAAAGGCACUUGCUUUCCAUAUUCCAUAGUUACAUUUAUGCCUCCUUAUAAUGGCUGUAAAUAUGUUUACAUUAACACUUUGAUAUUUUGUUUUAUUAACAAUUAUUUGUUUAAUACAGUUAGCUUGAGUAGUGUACACUUUGGGCAGUAGGUCUUAUCGAGGUAAUGCACAUCUUGUUAAUUUGACUGUAAAGAGUAUAUGACCUGUGAUCCAUGUGAGCUUGAGGUUUUGUGUGUGUGCGUGCAUGUGUGUGUGUGUGUGGAUGAGUCUGUUGGAGUGUGUUAAAAUGACCUAAAACCAUGUAAAAUGUUGCCAACUGCUUAUUGUCAACUUUAUGCAAAGGACUGAUUUAUAAUUUUUUUAAUUGAUUUAACAAUAUUUUCUGUUUUUGGACAACUUGACAUGUAAUUGGUAAUUAAUGUUUAAAAACCAGUUGUUUAAUUUUUCCAUACCAAUAUAUUUUUAGGAAUGAGGCAGUCAAAACAUUUUACUUGGUUUCAUAUUUUUAUAUUGUAUUCAUAAUCUAAUAGUUUGUGAUCAUAAAUCUGUUUAUUUUUUUAUUAUCAAAUGUUAGAUGAGCUAGGCAGACAGCUAAAGAGCAUAGGUGCCUUGUGGCGGGUUAACUUCUCAUGUAGUCUUUAUUAAUUGUUUAUUUUGAUUCAAAUAUAAAUUUUAGUAACUAUACACAAUCACCUUCAUGUUUUACUUUUUGUCUGUUUCAAUGAACCUAGCUUUUACAGCUUAGUUUUGUCAGUUGUAAAAAAUGUCAUAGCUCCUUUAUUUUUUAAUAGGGGGACUAAUUUGUUUUUACCAUAGGAAGUAUUAAUUUUUGGCUUUUAUAAUAUAUAAUUGUAGUAUGAUUUUGAUGUUAUUGUUUAAGGAAUCGUUUGCCAGUUUACCCUAACAGUUAUAUUCCAAUGUUUUAUAUUAACUUUAUUUUGUGUUAGGCGCGGAAGAAUAAUUUACCUUUAUUAAUAUAUUAAUUAGUGUCUAAUUAGUAUAUUAAUUAUUAUUUAAAUCUACAGUGCUAACUUUAUUUUUUUGAAAUGUUUCAUAAAUAAGUGAAGAUUAACCUUCAUUGGCAAAGUUUUCUAUAUCUAUUCCUUAUCCUAUAUAGAUAUUUUUAGUUAAUACUGUUUCACCUUAUAUAACUGCAGAAAUUACAAAACAUUAUUUCAUGACUGUAUAUUUAAUAAAAUGUUAAUCUAUAUAAUAGCUGUUAGUCCUAUGUGGAAAGUUUAUUGUGGUUUGAAUCUAAAAAUAUAAUAACAUUUAUUUGCAUUAUAGACAUGAACCUAAUCAGUAACAAUCAGAUUUGAUGUUUCGCUCAAUUCAGAUUAUGUUGUUGUUGUAUGAAGCAAAAUAAACUUUUUUAUUUUAUUGAUAAAAA